GGAGAGCACCGUAAUAUUGGCAACACUGCUUCCGGCGUUCUGUCUUUUCGUUUUCAACCUCAAAAUGACUGGCAUCACGGGCAAACGAAUCAUAAUCGACGGCCGCAACCAUUUGGUUGGGCGUCUUGCCUCAAUUGUGGCAAAGUAUCUGCUGCAGGGUGGAAAAGUCGUCGUUGUCCGAUGUGAAGAACUCAAUCAAUCCGGACACUUCUACAGAAAUAAGGUUAAAUACCUAUCAUAUUUGCGUAAGCGCUGCAAUGUGAACCCAGCUCGUGGUCCAUACCACUUUAGAGCUCCUUCAAGGAUGUUCUACAAGGCCGUUAGAGGAAUGGUGCCACACAAGAUCAAGCGUGGACAGCAGGCUCUGAAGCGUCUUAAGGUGUUCGAGGGCAUCCCGCCAGCCUACAGCAAGAAGAAGACUGUAUGCGUGCCGAUUGCCAUGAGGAUUCUCUGCCUGCGAUCUGAUCGCAAAUACUGCAGCCUGGGCCGUCUGGCUCAUGAAGUGGGAUGGCAGUAUUUGGAUGUGAUCAAGAAUCUGGAGGCCAAGAGGAAGGCAAAGGCACUGGUGGCCAAUGUGCAGAAGAGGAAACUGCAAAAGUUGACACUCAAGGCUCGCGAAGUCAUCGCCCCAAGAGCUGCCCAACACAAUGAAGUCAUCAAGUCCUAUGGUUACAAUUAAGCAAACAAAAAAAAUCCUGCGACAUUUGAUGAAUAAACAAAAAAAAAAACAAAAACGAA